AUGGAGGCCGAGCCAGGAGUCCUGGAAGGCACAGAGACAGUAGUCGAGGUGGCACCACAGGAGGAACUUCACGAACCAGAGCCAGAACCUGUACAGGAACCUGUACCUGAACCUCAGCUAGAACCUCUACCUGAACCUAUUCCAGAACCGGUACCAGAACCGGUACCAGAAUGUGUACAAGAAACUGAACCCGAGUGUGUACCAGAACCUAUUCAGGAGCCCAUACCGGAACCUUGUGUGCAACAACAGACAGAGGAACAGGUUACAGAGGAACCUGUCCCUGUCAAGGCGGGAAAUGGUGAUGCCGCAAACAUUGUUAGUAAUGAUAUAAGCGAGCAAAAUCAAUUGGAAAUAGAGAAAGUGGAAUUGGUGGAGAGUGAAGUUGUAGACUUGGAAACAGUUGAAGAAGAUGAUAAGACUUCGGGGCUUUGUGUCGCUUCUCAAUGUGCCCGGAAUGACAAAUGCAGUGACCGCCUGUUGCACUGUCUGUCCCAGGUCCCAUGUGCAAGUCUUAUAGCAUGGAUCAUUCUCCUGAUGGGCCUAGGAGGUCUCACAGGAAGCCUCCUUAUUGGUGUACAGAAAACACGUGACCUGUUUGAUUCUGACCAAUGGUUCUGGUUUAUCGAGUACACACUGACCGGAGUGGUAGUGGGUAUGUUCCUGAUCGGCACGGCACUGCUGUGUGUGGGCCACAUCUCCACCGACCCUACCAGUCGACACCUGUUCCACACCACUAAGCGAAACACGUGCGGCCAGGGACUCAACAUGUUUCUGCUGGUGAUAAGCUACAUCCUUGGCUUUGCUUGGACAGUGGUCACCUCCAUACUGGCCAUCCCUCUUUUUCUCCUCUUAGUCCUCAUCCUCAUCAAGAACAAGGUCAAUUGUAUCGAUCUCAUCAACUACGGUUUGAGUGAAAUGGAACUCUGUGGUGAGGAUCUGGAUGAUUUUGCAAGAAAAGGACAGGACUUGUUGAUCAGCUACAUAGUGGCUUACGUGUCCUCCGUUCUAAUAGUCAUCAGUCUGAUUCAUUUCAUGAUCGUCAUCAGUGCGAACAUUUCACAUCUGAAAGAUCAUCGCCUGGCAACGCUGAACGCGUAUUCCGAGACUACUGAAGAAGUCCGUAAUUCUAAGCACUCCAUCGUGGAUACAACUAUGUGAGUCACAUGACCACGAGACAUGAGGACGAGGCAGCACCAUGCAAGAGCAUGUGUCACAUGAUUAAAGAUGUACAGGCUGUAGACAGCUAAUAAAAACGUGGGUUUGGAUCAAGGUGGCUACAGUAUCGUCAACUGAGGUCAAAGACAGAAGGACCUGGACACAUUCAGAAGUUCACUUGUGUUGUCAUACUUCCUAGACAAUGGAUACGUUUCGAUGAAAAUAUACUUAAACAGGACGGUGCUGUGUAGAUGGAACUUCGAGAAACAGAAUCAGUAAUAACAAAGAGCCUAAAUGCGAGAAAAAUACAUUUCAUUUUUAAUGAUAUCGACUAAACCGAAAUGGUAUGUAUGUAUGUGAAUCUUACAUUGUAUGUUCUGUUAUAUCAAAAAUAUCAUCCUUCAUUUUGAGUAUCACACGAACAGACAUAUACAAGUUAAUCGCUGGUGUUCUAGUAUCAUACUAGGAUUGUACUGAUAUCUUAUUCAGCAUUGUAUUGAUAUCAUACUAAAUACUUUAAUGGUAUCAUACUAGACUUUGUAAAUGUAUUACAUUGUACAUUUUUCAGAUGUCCUAAUAUAUAUACAUUGUACUAGUAUCAUAUUAUACAUUGUACUAGUAUGUUAUACAGUGUAUCAUAAUAGACAUAAUAGAAGUAGUAUCAGACGUUUUACUGGUAUUUUACUAGACAAUUAACUUGUAUCAUAAUAGACAUUGUACGUUAUAGUAUUCCAUUAGAUACAUAAUAUCACUAACAUAUUUGAAUACAUGUCUUUAUACUUUAACAACUGUAACGUAAAAGAAAGCUGCCCACAUUAUGUAAAUGACUAUACUACAGUAACAUAGGUAACCACAACGUGUAUGUGGGGGUUGGAGUGCCUCUUUUUGGCUGAUCUUCAGCGUGUACGUCUUUAAUUGUCGUUUAGUCGUACAAUGUUCUAUCUGCUUUGUGUUCAGGAUGUGAGCAGCAUUAUGUAAGGUCACCUGUAUUGUGAAGCCAUUCAACUUCUUUACGAGGAGAUCGUAUUGACAAAUGUCCUCUAGAUGAAAUUAGCAUAGCCUGUAGGACCAGUCCAGUGCUAGCCCUGAGCAUUUCCCCGGAUAUAGUCAAUACUCACACUGUUAAUGGGUACAUAAGUUUAACACGAUAAAUAUUAAAGUGGAAAGGUAGUUAAUUCAAGGUUGAGGAUAGCGGUAUUAGAUAACAUUACUGGAACGGUUACAAAUUAACGAAAUGCAAUUUAGGUAACUGAACAGGCUUGUAAGUAUUGUAUUAAGUAUUAAUGAUAUUUUCUUAUCCGAGAGAUAUAUUUUAGGUAAAUCCUUUCAGGUGAUCGCGACAGAUGUUGGUGAUCUUGUAAAUUUGACAAUCGUGAAAGGGGUAACAGUGAUAUUGAUAAAGAAAUUGUUAUGUAAAGAAGUUGGACAGUUUCAAUAAGGAAUGCUGAAGUGCGCAUGCUGUCACUUUUCACGUGAUGUAGUCAGGGUCAGCCCAUCGGUUGUAUUGUGGCGUAUGUUAGCAAGUUUAUUUCGCACUGCUUAAUGUGACUAGCCAGAGUUUGAUGAGAUGGUUUACGACAGUGAUGUUGUGUUUUCAUCUGAGGGACUCGUGCUCUAUAAUACUCAAUUUACUGCGUCGUUAAAACGGUGUUAUAUGUGUGGUGUAACUUUUGGUGGGUAUUGUUUAUAUAAACAUGUAAUCUAUUAUGAAGGAACUAUUCUUUUAAAGCAUAUGUUAGUUAUAAUAUCAUACCAAAUAAACAAUAUGAAAUUUAUAUUAGAGCGAUUUUAAGUUAUGAAAAUGUUUAUUUAAAAAUCGCUUUUUUGUAUGUCCAUACGCUAUAAUAUUUUUCACUUAUAUAACAAUAUUUUGCUUGGAGCCCCAAUAUUCCAUUUUUAUUUAGAGUUCAAUGGCAGAUUUUAUCUUACAAGAACAAUAGAGAAAUACACCGUGUACCCUGGAAUAAAAACGUACCAUUUUAUGUCUGGUUUAGGUUUGUUUAACAUAUAAAGCUUCAAUUAAAGUUUUUUUUUCUAUUCAUAAAUGAAAUUCUUUUCCGAUACUUACACAAAAGGUCAAAGGUCGAUAAAAUUUACUUUGUCAUAUUAACAGGUAAGUUGUCUGUUAGCUUUUGAUAAAGAAUACGUACCACACGGGCUUCAACAUCUUUCCUUUUGGAAUGCUUUCCUGAUUUUUAGAGGGUAGUCACAUUGAUUGUGCCUUAUCAAGAUAUUAUCAGUAUAAUAUAGAAUUUGAAAUUCAAUUAUUAGUGUUCUCCUCAAUAGUCAGGUUAUUCCCCUUGGGCGAUUGAUUAAGGGCAAGUUCACAGUUAUUCAAAGCAGCACCGAAAUCAAUGAUAUCAGUCACCCGCUUGUGUUCCUCUUGAAAGGAACAGUGUGAACGGUGGUAAUAGUGGGGAGUCAUACAACGCUUUGGUUAAGUAUACAUUUGUACACGGUGUAUAUAAUCACACGGAUCAUAUUGAAGUUUUGUUUUGCAAGAUUUGAUAAAUAUAUAAACAUAAAUGCUUUUAACAUAUUCUUCAUGCACUCUGGAAAUAUAUUUUUAUCGGAAGUCUCAGGUAGCUCUUGAGUAAUUCAUUACAGGUCGCCUAAAUUUUGUACCAUACACCCUUAAUUAUUCUUUUUGAUAAAGAUGGUUUUAUAUUUGCAUGGGCCCUACGAUCAGUUUGAAUUGACGCCUUUGGAUGGUCGAAGUUCUAUUCGAGUGCAUUGUUAAAGACAUCAUCUCAUAGAAUACACCUAUUAAUUAGCUCUGUCAUUUUUGGAAUUCUAAGAAAGACUUUACUAAGUGGACGCUUUGAUUAACCAGGCAUAUUUAUUUGUGACAUUAAGAAUAUGUCACACAGUUAUUAUAUGUAUUCGUUGUUUUCCGAUCGUUUUCAUGCUUGCAUACUUUUUUACAUUAAUCAGAAUAUACCAUUGAAGAGUCAUUGACUAACAACACCACACAACAUAGUUGUGACUGUGUUUCAUAAAACGUUUCCAUUUUAGCAUACUGCAUGUAAUAUUAUAUCCUUAUUGUGAAAUCACACAUGUUUACAUUUACAUUAUUAGGCAAUCCGAGAAGGAAAGAGAAAAUAUCUGGAAACAGAACAUGACAACAUUAGUUUUGCAAAUGACGUCAUGUAUGACUGAAAUACUAUUUUUGAACAUGAUUAUGUGCAAUAUUUUCACGUAUGUUUUUAAAUAGUAGAAGUAGCACCACCAUAAUUUUGACAUGUGUAAUAUAUAGUGCUACACUUGGAAGUAUUCAGCCAAUGUCUCAUUCAACCAUUUUAAAAUUAAAUGUUUAAAGUUUGUACAGAUUUUUUUGUGCAGGCAUAUUGUUACGUUUGAGUGGAAUCGUGAAUUGUUCGCAUUAUGAAGAGACCAAGAAAGACAGUUAUCACAAAAUUUGUUAUUUUCGAAGAAAUGUUUUAUACCUAUUAAUAAAUAAUGAUAUGAUGCUUAAGGAAGAACAUUAAAUGUCUUAAUUUCAUACAAUAGAGAAUAAUAAUGGUUAAUGUUUACCAAUGAAAUUGUUCGUGUUCAGUUUAGGUAAUGAUGUAAAAUCACCACAUUUCAAAAUAAACUUACUGUCAUACAACAAAAAAUAAUGACAACUGAUACUUUUUUGACAAAUUAGGUUUAAAAUAUACACUACUGGUGUUGUGGUCUCUUUGUAUAUAUGUUAUAUAAUCAUAAGAUAUUAAAACUAGUAAUGCUUCCUGUUCCCCGUUAUACACUGCCAGCACAUCAAACUUAGUAUCAUAGUGUUCGUUUAUAAAACACCCCAGUGUGGUUUUAUUUUCAAACACAUGUUUUCCCCCAUAUUGUUAGAUUUAACGAUGAUCGGUUUGAUAUUAUUGAGUUGAUUUGAUCUAUGACUUUGAAAUAAGAUACUUAUGUGUAUUGAAUUCUUGUCGUAGCAUGGUUCAAUUAAUAUGAAGUACUAUAACAAAGUUCCCCGAAAUUUGGCAUUUGAUUAUCAUGAAUACUGUUAGUACUAGGAUAAGGUAUGAAUUAAAGCUAGACAUUGUCAAUUCAGAUGUUUGACAGAAGAAUGCGAUAUAAGGAUUAUCUGCAGAGAUACCUUCCUUAAGGUUUUUAAUUGUUAGCAAUGUAGCUGAAGAAAUAUUUAAACUUUAGGCAAUACCAUAUUUGAUAUAUGUUUUAAUUUCCCUAUACAUGUUUUAUAAAAUAACCUAACAUUCAACUUCAAAAUUGUCUCUAACAUCUAGUCUUGUUUAUUGUCUUCACUUCUCACAUACUGGACGCAUUUCGUAUUUCAGUCAUUUCGAAACAUAAUGACAUUGUAAUUUCCAAUUUUAUCAUUUGUCGUUGUUGAUGCCUUUUUUACUUGUCAGUAUAGUCUAUUUCAUUAUUUGAUAGUACUAUUUUUCUAUCAGUAUUCAUGGUGUGAUAUGUACGUGUACCCUGUACCGUGCAGUGGUCACAUGUCCACUGUUGUCCUGUAGAUAUUAUUUAUUGAGUUGUUAAUGUUCAGAAUAAUUCAGGAAAUCUACGCUCGGUCUCGUUGUAGAAAAAUUCAAUUUUAAGAUUUUAAUAAAUUUCUUAUGUAUAAUAA